CCUCCUCCUGUGAAUACAAACUGUAUAAAACAGGUCCCUAUUUUGAGAUUCAGAACAAAACAUCGGACGGCGACUUUAUGACAACAUGGACAAGUUUCUACGCGUGCUUCCUACAAAACGCAAGGCUGCUGCACAGGACGAGUUCCCAUGCACUUCGGCAGCGAAAAAGAUAAGGCAGUAUGAUGAUGCAUACAUCGAAAUGGGCUUUACGAGCACAUUGGUGGGUGGUGAGGAACGACCACAGUGUGUUCUCUGUCUGAAGGUGCUGGCGACAGAAAGUUUAAAGCCAAACAAGCUGAAGCGUCACCUGGACACGGCACACCCCGAACACAAGGACAAGCCGGUUGAAUUCUUUCGGCGGAAAAUUUUGAACUUUCAGGCACAACGGGUGAACUUCACUAAAGUUGCGUCUGUCAAUGUCAAUGCCCAGCUCGCCUCCUACAAAGUGGCCUACCUCCUUGCGCAGAGCAAGAAGCCACACACAGAAGCGGAGGAGGUGAUCCUGCCCUGUGCCAUUGAAAUGGUGAGGACCAUGGUCGACGAGGCAACAGCAAACAAGUUACGGGCGAUCCCCCUCUCAAAUAAUACGAUUGGAAGACGCAUACAUGACAUCGCUGGCGACAUUGAGGAGCAGCUCACCGACCGAGUACGUGCAAGCACCCGGUUUGCUCUGCAGGUCGACGAAGCCACUGACAGCAACCGAGACUGUUUAUUAAUCACGUACAUCCGUUUCGUUGAUACAGAGGACAUGAGAGAGGAUCUGCUAUUCUGCAAGGAGGUGAAAACACGAGCCACUGCUGAUGAACUGUUCCGAGUGAUUGAUACUUAUUUGCAAGAGUUGACCAAAGAAAAGUGCUUUAGGGAUCCUGGUGUUCUCCAUCCUGACAAGGUGUCCAGCCCAGCGAAGCUGUACUUUGAUUAUUUGACAUUCAACACUAGCGAUGCUGCAGUGUUCAAGGACCUCGACAUUGGUGACCUUGUCCUGCCACUUGAUACCACAUAUUGA